AUGGGUGAAUAUCUUGCCGAGACCCCAAAUGGCUAUGACCAAGGCCUCGAGGUUCCCGUCCUCAUCGUGGGCGCAGGACCCUCAGGUGCAACGACUGCCCUCCUGCUGGGCCGCUUCGAUAUUUCAACCUUGGUUAUUUCACGCCACCAAGGGACUGCCAACACGCCACGCGCCCACAUUUUCAACCAGCGAGCCAUGGAAGUCCUUCGAGACGCUGGUAUCGAGCAUCUCGUAAAGCCCAUUGCGGCGCCCAAAGAAGACCUGGAACACGUGGGAUGGUUACAUUCACUGAAUGGGGAGGAAUAUGGACGAGUUUAUGCUUGGGGCAACAAGCCUGACCAAGUGGGAGAGUAUCUUGCCGCAAGUCCAUGUCAGAUGUCGGAUCUUCCGCAGAGCCUACUUGAACCCAUUCUGGUGCAAGAAGCGACAAAAUUAGGAGCAGAGUUCAGAUUCAACACGGAAUUUAUCUCGCAAGAGCAACUGCCUGAUGGGAGGAUACGAACGAUUGUUCGAAACCGAGUAGCGAAUACGACCUACAGGAUCAUCUCCCAGUACCUAGUAGGCGCGGACGGCGCAAGAAGCUCAGUCCUGAACAGUCUCGACAUCCCCGUCGACGGCAAACAGCUAUCCUUGGCGUUCAAUGUACACAUAAAGGCCGAUCUAACCAAGUAUUUCGCACACCGUCCUGGUUCAAUGAACUGGAUUCUCAACCCACAGGCACCUGACUGGUCCGCCACCGGAUCUGUCAGGAUGGUGCGUCCUUGGAAUGAGUUCAUUGUAUCUAUGCACCCUGCUGAACACCUAGAGCAUUUUGAACCAACCGAUAAGCAAGUACUACACAGACUCCACCAGAUGUUUGGCGAUGAUACGAUUCCAAUCGAACUACUAGGACACUUUCGCUGGAAUAUUAAUGAUCAGGUAGCAAGAAUCUGGAAGAAGGGAAGUGUACUGUGCAUUGGAGAUGCAGUGCAUCGUCAUCCUCCGAUCAAUGGACUAGGAAGCAAUACUUGCAUCUCUGAUGCGUUCAAUAUUGCAUGGAAACUUGCCUAUGUACUGAAAGGACUUGCUAGCCCAAGAAUAUUGAACAGUCUAACACCAGAGCGGAAACCAGUUGGCGACGGGGUAGUUCGAAGGGCCAAUGAUGGAAUGUUGGUGCAUCGAAAGUUGUGGGCACUUAUGGGUGCGACGGAGGAAGAACGCUCGCAGCUAAGGAGUCUAAUGCGAGAACCUACACCAGAAGGCCAGGCAUUGAGAACGAAGAUCCGCGAUCUGAUGGAGCAAACUGAUGACGAAUUCAAUGCUCUGGGGAUACAGAUGAAUCAGAUAUAUACGCAUUCUCAGCUCACGAUUGUUGAACCCGGCGAUAUCGCGCCAGAGCUGGACGGUGUGAAUUUGGUGAAACAGCAUGUCAAAUCGACAUAUCCAGGCUUUCAUUUACCACAUGUCUGGCUAGCAAAGGAUGGGCAAUCGCAACGAAUAUCGACACUAGAUCUCUCUGGUGCAGGUUGUUUUACUCUUUUCACGGGCAUUGGUGGUGAGGCAUGGAAACAAGCCGCCGAAGAGAUCAUGAAAGAAACUGGAAUUGCUCUGAAAGCAUACGGUAUCGGCGUGGGACAGGAUUAUAUGGAUGCAUAUUGGGGCUGGCAGGAUAUACGCGGAGUUGAUGAGGACGGGGUGGUCUUGCGUCAUACUCCUGAAAUGGGUUCUCUCAGCGAUAGUCGCGUUAAGCUUGCCAAAACACAAUUUGUCAUAUACUACCACGCGGAUCUCUCCAAAGCGUCUAAAUUCCUUCUGGAUUUCGGGUUUGAAGUGGCCGAACAACGGGGCGACGAUGUCAUUUACUUUAAAGGUUAUGGCAGGGAGCCGUACUGCUAUGUAGCUCGGCGCUCACACAAUUGCCAGCCACACUGGGGAGGAAACGCUUAUCUCGUCGAUUCACGCGAGGACUUGGAUAAAGCGACUACUAUCAACGGCGCGACGACGGUCAGCAAGCUCGAUGGGCCUGGUGGCGGCGAGAUUGUUACCUUGAAGGAUCCGGUUGGUCAUCCUGUCCACCUAGUCUGGGGAAUCCAAGAGAAGGAGCCAGAGAUCGAGCAGAGGAACCUGCGGAAGCUGGUCGUGAACUACGAAGACGAGAAGCCCAGAGUAGGGUGUGGUCAGCGCUUUCAACUAGGUCCAGCGCCGGUGCAUAAGUUUGGUCAUUAUGGCGUCUCCUACCCGCCGGGCACCUAUCAGACGAUGUAUGACUGGUAUACGCAGAAGCUCGGCCUUGCACUGUCCGACGUCGUGACCAUAGAUGGAAAGCCUGCGGUCGCCUUCUUUCAUAUCGAUCAUGGACUCGGGUAUACGGAUCAUCAUUCUUUUUACCUGAAACCUGCAAAGGAAGGCGAGAAGGUUGAUGUUUCGCAUAGUGCUUUUGAAGUCCAUGACUUUGAUGUGCAGCAGUUAGGCCACAACUACCUCGAAUCGAAAGGGUAUAAACUAUCGUGGGGUGUUGGUAGACAUGUCCUUGGAAGCCAAAUCUUCGACUACUGGUAUGAUGAGAGCGGUUUCGAGGUAGAACACUAUGCGGACGGUGAUCUGGUCAACAGCGAGACACCCGUGACUAGGGAGGAGUUGGGACCGCACUCUAUGUAUAUUUGGGGUCCAGAAAGGCCUACUCUCAGGGACUAG